CGUAGUCUACCAUCUGCAGUUGGGUUAUCCGGUCCAUACCCACAUGCUGGAGAAAAGGAGAGUCCUUCUCCUAUAAUGGCAUUCAGUUAAUAGUUAGUUGCUGUUCCAAAUUGUUGGCCCUCCAAAUGGCGGUUGAGUGUCUCAGCUGUUGAAUUUUAAAAUGUCUCCAUUCGCGAAGCUAGUGAUUCUGAUUUUACUGGCGGAAUUCAGCCAGAAUGUGGAUGCCUAUAUGCGAGGGGCUCCACCGGAAGCCUGCACCGACAUGGAGCCGCAACACGGCCCAGCGCCUCAAACGAGCCCAGCACCGUACACUAUUACUCCGCAACAGAACGCCAUCGAGCAGGGCGGGACUGUUAAAGUGACGAUACAGGGCAAGAGUCCAAAAGGAGGAUUUAUGGGGUUUCUCUUUAUGGCCGUCAAUCCUGAAGACUCUUCUUCCAAACCGCUGGGCCGAUUCAUCAAUAGUCCAUACCAAGCCCGAUCGGUUGAUUGUCUCCCAGGUGAACAGAAUGCUCUGACUCACCGGGAUGCCAAGAGUAAGAAUAAUUUAGAAUUGACAUGGCAGGCACCGCCCGACUACCAGGGCGAAAUUGAAUUCAGGUGCACGUUUCUGCGUGAUUUCUCCACAUUUUGGUUGCGUGUCCCGGCGUCGACCCUCGUCCGUGUCGGGAAUCCUGUCGUUGCACGAGCUGCUGAAACGAGCAGCGGCGUCUCAUUGGUUCCCAUGGUUACCGUAUUCGACUAUUUCGUCUGGCGCAUUUGGUUUUGGACGCCAGAAGCCCAGCCGCAGCCUUGAAAGUAAAUAAGCGCAGCUCUUUUUAAAUGUACCAGUGAUUUUCAAAAAAAUUUUUAAGGAAGAUAGGCCUAGUAAAUAAGUAUGGCUUUCUAUAGCCGUAAGGAGAAAAAUCGAGCUUUAGCUAUUUGACAAACUAAA